GGUGUGUUGUCGGUUCGCCUAUCGUGUUGGGCAUCCACUUUGCCAAGGAAAUGCACAACAGGGAGUUCUCCAUUCCCGUGCAACAAGCAGAUCUGCAAUCAGAUGUCUCAGUCAAUACAUCUGAGUCAAAAUGGGUGGAGUCCUCUCAGUUCUGCAAAACACAGCCAAGACUCUCAUCGCAGCAGCUUCUCUCUUGAGAGCUUUGUCAACCGAGUUCGAUCAAGCUCUGAAGCGGGCAUCACAGUCCCCGGGUCUUCCGGUCCCUAAGCCAUCCCAAACGUACUGGCUCAACGACCCUCCACACCCUGCACUAUGCGACGCAAACUCGUCCAAAUUGCCCGAAACUGUGGAUGUGGCCAUUAUCGGUUCGGGAAUCGCAGGCGCUGCUGUCGCGCGUUCAUUAUUGCACGAGCGACGCCGUCGCAACAUCCGCACUGAUGAGAAAGUGGUCGUUCUCGAAGCUCGACAGCUGUGCAGCGGGGCAACUGCUCGAAAUGGCGGCCACAUCAAGCCUUCAGUGUACGAAAGCUUUUCUCGAUUCAGCAAGCUUUUACCAAAAAAUCGUGCUGCUGCCCUGGCGCGUUUCCAGCUUUUGCACAUCAAGUACUUGACAGAGUUAUGUGAAAGCGAAGGCAUUAAGUCUGCCGAAGCUCGAAAGGUCGACACUGUCGACUUUUUCUUGGAUAGCGAGAGUUUCUCCAAGGCUGUAGCCGAUGUUGAGGAGUUGAAGAAAUGGUUACCUGAGGUUGAGAUUGCGGUAUGGAAGGGUGAUGAAGUACAGAAGAAAUUCGGUGUCAACAACAGCGUUGCCGGUGCUUUGUCCUACCAAGCAGGUGCGAUCUGGGCGUACCGAUUCGUUGCAUCUAUCUGGAACGGUCUUCUUAACGACUUCCCUGAUACCCUCUCUAUCGAGACAAACACUCCCGUAGAAUCGAUAAGCGUCUCAGAAGCGGCCCCAGAAGGUUUCCCAUACGCUAUAAAAACUACCUGGGGAACCAUAUUUGCCCGCCAUAUAGUCCACGCCACCAACAGUUUCGCAAGCCAUCUUGUCCCCGGUCUACGCAGCAAGAUCGUAGGCGCACGAGCCCAUAUGUCUGCACAACGACCAGGAGAUCUGUUCCCAUACGCUGACGGUAUGCACUCGUGGAGUGUAGUCUACGGCGAGGGUUUCGACUACGUCACACAACGGCCACCAGCCACAAGUGGUUCCAAAGGAGAUUUGAUGAUUGGAGGCGGUUUCGUGCGAUCGCUGAAGCAAGGUAUUGAUCAAGUGGGCCGGUAUGACGACGGCCCUCUUCUCGACCCUUUGACCGCGGCACACAUCACGGGUGUCUUUCCGGCGGUUUUCCAUCCCAAAUGGGGUGCAGGUGCAGAGCUGAAGCAAAUGUGGUCUGGCAUCAUUGGUUUGACUGGCGAUUACCUGCCCUUCGUGGGUCGCUUGGACGCAAAGUUGACCGGGCGAGAUACUAAAGGCAGUAAACUCGCGUUGUCUGACAAGGACUCAUGUGGAGAGUGGAUUGCGGCAGGCUUUUCGGGAGAAGGUAUGGUGUGGGCUUGGCUUUCGGGUGCUGCUCUUGGUAUCAUGAUUGCUGGGAGUGAAGAUGAGAACUUACCAGAAACUCCAGGAAGGCCAGGUGGGAAACUAUCGAAGUGGUUUCCAAAGGAACUUCUGGUAUCGCGGGAGAGGAUGCGCAGUUCUGAUGUUAGUAAUUUGGCUAAUUAGUCGUAAGAGGCAAGGAUUCGAAUUGUCUAUUUGUUUUCAUGGAUUUGCUAAAAGUCAUUAUACAACGAUUGGUUGUCUACCAGAUUGUAUGAU